UUUCAACUGUUGAUUGCUCCCCUUUCCUUUCAUAAAAGGUUGACACAGGCUUUUCAAUUUUUUUAGUAUAGUAACCUCUUCUUGCAGUGUUUCCCCAUAGUGCAUCUCUCUUUUUCUCCCAACAAUUCUUGAUCAUCCAUUAAAAUUUGAGGUAUGCCCUUUACAUCUUUUCCUCCAUAUUAACUGCAUUUUUUUUUUCCUUUUUGGUUUUAUGCUUGCCUGUAAAUUCUGAGGCUUUCUUGAUCAUUCAAGUACUUUAUAUAUGACUCAAUUUUAAGUCAAAUUAGUAAGGUUGCACAUAGAAUAUUGUACUGACUGAUUAGUGAUGCAAGUUUUUGUUACCCCUUUAACUUUUUUUGUGAAAAAAGAAUAUGAUGGUGGCAAGAAUCUGAAGAUAGUCCAGAUAAUCUGUCAUAAAAAUUCAAUCUUGUGUGAAUGCUUGAUUUUAUGUUUGUUUUGUCCAAUAGCCUUGUCUAUUGUGUUUUUCUUGUGUAUGUUUUUUGGAGAAUCAUGUGUUUCUGUUAUAACCAAUUACAGGUGGUAGUUGGUGUUAUUGACAUUGAACUUUAGUAUGAGAACUUAUGAAUUACUAGGUUAAAAUGGAUCCAAGGUUCAAUAGAUUUUCAACUUCUGUGAAUGGAUUCACUCUGGAGAACCAAUCCUUACUCAACUUUUCGGAUAAUUGGACGAAUAAUGAACCUAUAUAUCCAGAUCAGAUGCUACUCAAUGGUCCAAGAUUUGAAAAUAGUUUUGUCCAACACAAUGUUGGUGGAUUUCAAUCUCUUUCAAAUGACCCUUUACCAACAACAAGCAAUAUAGCAUUGACUUCUGAAAUUGGUCAUGUUGAGGAUGACUAUAAUGAAGACAUUGAUUUCUCCGAUACGGUUUUGAGCUAUAUAAAUCAAAUGCUUAUGGAAGAAGAUAUGGAGGACAAGACACAUAUGCUUCACGAAUCAUUAGAACUUCAAGCGAAAGAGAAGUCAUUUUAUGAGGCCCUCGGUAAAAAGUAUCCCCCUUCACCUCAGCAGAACGGUGAGAUACCGGAUGACUAUUGCUCGGGAAGUUUAUAUAAUUGUACGAGUAAUGGCAUUGACAGUAGUGGUUACCUAAUUGAUCCGAGGGUGGUAAAUAUUUCCAAUGAUCAUAGUUCUUCUUAUGUACAAGGCCUUUCUGUUUGUAAUGGUACUAACUCUUCAAUUAGUUCAUCGAAUAGCCUAAAUAAUCCUGUAGACGGCUUCUUAGAUUCUCCUGUAAGUCCUCUUCAUAUCCCUGAUAUAUAUAAUGAUAGCCAUCCGAUUUGGAACUUUAAGAAAGGAGUGGAAGAAGCAAGUAAAUUCCUCCCAACUAAUAAUAAUUUGUUGGACAAUGUGGCCAUCAAUGACUUGCUGCCUCUUGAGGAAAGAGGCCAAAUUGGUUGUGUGGAAGCUCAGGUGGAGAAAAGAUAUGACGGAGAGACAUCACCUAUAGGGCCGAGAGGGAGGAAAAAUCCUCAUAGAGAUGAUAAGGAUUUAGAAGAAGAAAGAAGUAGCAAGCAAGCUGCAGUUUACACAGAAUCAACAGUUCGUUCGGAGGAGUUUGAUGUAAUUUUGCUGCAUAGCAUGGGAAAUGGAAGAGAAGCAUUGACAGCUUAUCGAAAGACCUUGAAGAAUGCUAGAACGAAAACCACGGUGCAGAAGGGGCAAUCAAAAGGAUUUACUUUAGGGAAGGGAAACCGCGGAAAGAAACACAGUGGUAAAAAGGAAGUCAUAGAUUUAAGGACUCUUUUGAUAAAUUGUGCACAGGCUGUUGCUGCUGAUGAUUUUCGGAGCGCAACUGAACUGCUGAAACAGAUCAGACUCCAUUCAUCUCCUUUUGGUGAUGGCAAUCAAAGAUUGGCUCAUUGCUUUGCGGAUGGUUUGGAAGCACGCUUAGCUGGCACUGGUAGCCAGAUAUAUAAGGCCCUUGUGAAUAAAAAAACAUCAGCAGCUGAUUUUUUAAAGGCCUAUCAUUUGUAUCUCGCAUCGUGCCCAUUCAGGAAGAUUUCAGGUUUUGCCUCAAACAAGACAAUCAUAAGAAAAGCAGGAAAUGCUACAAGGGUUCACGUCAUUGACUUUGGUAUCCUCUAUGGUUUUCAAUGGCCUACGCUUAUUCAACGUAUUGCAGCAAGAGAAGGUGGGCCACCACAGCUUCUUCGUAUUACUGGUAUAGAAUUUCCUCAACCUGGCUUCAGGCCAGCAGAAAGGAUCGAGGAAACAGGACGCCGUUUGACCGAUUAUGCCAAGUCCUUUAAUGUUCCAUUUGAGUACCAUGCAAUUGCAAAGAAAUGGGAAACCAUCAGACUUGAGGAUCUAAAGCUUGAAAAAGAUGAAUUUCUUGUCGUCAAUUGUUUGUAUAGAUUUAAGAACUUGCACGAUGAGACUGUGUUAACUGAAAGUUCGAGAACUCUCGUUCUAGAACUUAUAAGGGAGAUCAAUCCAGAUAUUUUCAUCCAUGGGAUUGUCAAUGGGGCCUAUAGUGCCCCGUUCUUUGUCACAAGGUUCCGUGAGGUCCUGUUUCACUUUUCAGCACUUUUUGAUAUGCUGGAAGCUAAUGUACCUCGUGAGUUUCCGGAAAGAAUGUUGAUUGAGAGAGAGAUAUUUGGGAGGGAAGCUUUGAAUGUCAUAGCUUGCGAGGGAUGGGAAAGAGUUGAAAGGCCAGAGACGUAUAAGCAGUGGAAAGUUCGACAUCUAAGGGCAAGGUUUAGACAAAUACCUUUUGAUCAACAGGAGAUCAUGGAUUGUGCAGUUGAAAAGGUGAGAACAAGUUAUCACAAAGACUUUGUAAUCGAUGAAGAUAACAAGUGGAUGUUGCUGGGGUGGAAAGGGAGAACAAUCUACGCCGUAUCUUGUUGGACAGGUGUUUAAGAAACUGCCAGGAUAUGCUUUUUAACAUGCUUUCUUUCGAUAAUGAAGUUGUCCUUCCACAUCUUUGGAGAAUUCAACAAUACAGAUGCAUCUGGUAAGCUCGCUCAUUCUGUUAUCAAAGCUAGCAGAUAUUGCUCAAUACUCAAUAGAUGAUCAGAAUAGUGAAGACUCAGAACAGAUUCUUGCCAAUGAUGAUGAAGUUGAAUGGCUAGCAGAUAGUCAUAACCGAAGAGUGUGUAACACGUUUUUUCUUUCUUUUAUAAC